GUGCUGCUGCUGGUAUUAAGUAAGAGUAUAAGUCGUAAGCAAGCACUGGGGCUGAGGAACUCCGGUGUCUCACAUGUCGUUCCAUCCAGUAGCAAUAUGUAGUACACCUUUUUGUCGAAAUAAAGAUGGAAUAUUGGUCGAUUUUUCCUAGCAUGCAUAUUCAUGCGACAAAAAUUUGUGUACUGUUGGGCAGGACUAGGAAAGCAGCAAAGGAUUAUUACUUUGGCUGAGAGGAUAAUGGUGCCAGAGAAAGAGUCACAAUUCCUCUGAGAGGUAGUUGAUGAUAUAUCGCAUCGGUCGUCGGUGCCAAAAAGUAAUCGUCUCGCCAUCGACCAAACUAUUCUCGACGAGGGAGGAGUGCGAAGAAUCGACUUCACAAUGCAAUGUUUGACUUGAGAGAGAUAUUGACAAAUGCGAAAUACUCGUGACACUUUUCUAAGACUUGUUAAGACGCAACAUCAAAUACUUAAUUUAUGCGUGGUGCGACUUGUUAUUAGUAUCAUACUUUUAUCUUGCUGUAGCUUUAUCAUCAUGAAUGGUUUUUACGACGCAUAUAUUUCUCUAAAUAAAAUUAUUUAUACGUAUCCUAUCGAGUAGAACCAAAAAAAAACGAAUGUUGAUACGCAAGCAAAAUUAGUAAAUCCGAUAAAAUCCAUUAUUAUGUGAAGGGUUGAUUUUGAAAAGACGAGAAGACAUCUUUUUUCUGGAUCAGAAGAAAAAGAUCUGGUAUCACCUUAAACCCUUUGGAUAGUCGACGAGAUGUCUCAAGAUGAGAUUAGAACUAAUUCUCUACAGCCGAUAACUUUGUCAACCUAUUUCAUACUCCCGAAAUCUUAUCAGGUAAUUUUUUACGUGCAACGCAAGGCGUGCACGUUUUUUUACGUGCAACUAUCGUAUUGUGUGGACCUUAUGAAAUUUCAGCUAAAUAAAUGCAAGAAGUAGCGAAAAUAUGCAACAUCUCAUCUUCCCCAGUGGCAAAAGUGGGUAGUGAAAUUUCCCCGAGGAAGUUUCUCACAUUUCCCAACCUAACCGCGAGAGCACCCAUCGGAGAAACUCGCACAACCAACACUACUCAUUGUUCAUUAUAAUUUAAAGUCUUGUAAAAACUUAACUAAUUGCACUCCUUAUCGUCGUUUCAGGAUUUUAGUAAUUUGUGUUCAUCCCCGUUGGACUUUGAGGAAACUUGACUUGUAGAUUGUGGAGAUUUCUCUUGACGGCGUUAUACAAUGGAUGAACGGAUCGACGUGUUGGAGAUGAGCGAAUUAGAAGGAGGACCGGAAGGGAUCGGUGGCGAAGGGUACACUCAACUUCUCGCCCUCUAUUUGGCCACGGGACAAAUAUGUAGCUCUAAAUUCUUGUGGAAGCGCAUCCCUCAGGCCAUGAAGGCCGGAUCUGAAGAACUUGCAGCAUUAUGGGCGGUAGGACAAACACUAUGGCUCAAGGACACUCGCAGUUUCCAUAAUACCGUCAAAGCCUUCCAAUGGUCAACAACAAUUGCCCCUAUUGUAGCCAAACUCAUCGAAACUGUACGCGAAACCACUCUCCGAUUAUUGGGAACUGUAUAUACUUGUGUAAAUACACAAGAUGCAGCAGAAUUAUUGGGUUUAAGCGAACCGGAAGUUUGCUCACUAAUCUCGCCUUUAGGUUGGACGAUACAAAAUGGACUGCUCCAUCCGGCAGAAUCGGUAGCCCAAAAUGUUUACUCCAUGUCUGCCGAUGAUCAAAUUGCAAAAUUAACUGACUAUGUUAGCGUAUUAGAAAAUUAAACAGUGUAUACACGAUUUUUACAAUUUCUGAAUGUUGGCCAACUCUUUAAUUAAUCCGGAAUUAAUUCUAAAUAUCUUAUAACCUUAUAUAUGUAAGCACACUUUCUUUGUAUUUUCAUUGCGUAAAUAUAAUAAAAUAGUACUCGUACAGUCGUACAAUACAAUAUUUCAAA